AUGCAGCUUUCUUUCCAAAUUUGUGUCGGCGUCCUCGCCGCCUUGUCCACCUCAGCCAACGGCCUUGUGUUCCAAGACAGAAUUACACAGGAUGUCGAGGGAACUACUUUGACUUUAAUCCACGGUGUCCCAGAAGAAGUCGAUGUGAAACUCGAUACCAACGCCUACACUCAAGAUAAGAAUGGCUGGGAAUUCAACACCGAGGGCCAGGCAGAUACCGAUGCUGUCAUCCGAACUAUCGACAGCCCUGCAACCCUUAUAUGCAAGGAGGGCUCGACCUGCAGCCUUGAUCUCGAUGGAGCUGACGCACAAGUCUAUCAGAUAAACAAGAUGAAUGGGUCUACCUUUUCGCUCCAAGACACAGUCUCUUCGCUUUACGUUUCUCGGUCUGCGGAUCUAACUCUCGAGCUCACUCAGGAAUUGACCGAGACUGGCCAAUUCACAUUGCAAAAGAUUUCAAGUAGGUUUUGA